UCUAAAUCAAGAUCAAAAAUGGUUUACAACUUUCGUGUUUUCAAAAAACAGUCCCCAAAUGGCAAAAUUACUAUGUACCUUGGUAAACGAGACUUCGUUGAUCAUAUUUCUGGGAUUGAACCAAUAGAUGGUGUUUUCGUAAUUAACGAGGACUACAAGGACAGAAAGAUAUUUGGUCAAGUGGUCUGCAGCUUCCGAUAUGGCCGCGAGGAAGACGAAGUCAUGGGUCUCAACUUCCAGAAGGACUUGUUUUUGGCAUCAGAGCAAAUUUUCCCACCGCAACAAAAACAAAAUCCAACCAAGUUGCAAGAAAGAUUAAUGAAGAAAUUGGGUCCCAACAGCUACCCAUUUACCUUUACCAUUCCGCCGAAUGCCCCAGCAUCUGUCACUCUGCAGCCAGCUUCCGAGGAUGAAGGCCAACCUUGCGGUGUCAAUUAUUACGUAAAAUUAUUCAGUGGCGAAAACGAAACUGACAGGGCCCAUAAAAGAAGCGCUGUUACAAUGGGAAUCAGAAAGAUUCAGUAUGCUCCCAGCAAACAGGGUAAACAACCCUGUACUGUGGUUCGCAAAGAUUUUAUGCUCAGCCCUGGCGAACUCGAAUUGGAAGUCACUCUAGAUAAACAAUUGUAUCACCAUGGAGAAAAAGUUGCAGUGAAUGUGGCAAUUCGUAAUAAUAGUAACAAGGUGGUAAAGAAAAUAAAAGCAAUGGUUCAGCAAGGUGUCGAUGUUGUACUGUUCCAAAAUGGGCAAUAUAGAACAUCUGUAUCUAGCAUGGAAACCCAGGAGGGAUGUCCGUUAAAUCCAGGAUCCAGCUUACAAAAAAUAAUUUACUUGUUACCACUGUUAUCUUCAAAUAAAGACCGCAGAGGGAUUGCUUUAGAUGGACAACUUAAGAAACAGGACACCAAUUUGGCUUCUACCACUUUGUUAGCUUCACCAGAUCAACGCGACGCAUUUGGAAUUAUUGUGUCGUAUGCUGUUAAAGUUAAAUUGUAUCUGGGUGCUUUGGGGGGAGAGUUAGCAGCCGAAUUGCCAUUUAUUUUGAUGCAUCCUAAACCGAAUACAAGAGGAAAAUUGGUCACAGCAGACAGUCAAGCUGACGUGGAAGUAUUCAGACAAGAUACAAUAAUUGAACCUGAGGCUGAUGGUGACAGAUUUGAUUAAAUUCAUGUUAAAUAUUGUUUGCCUUGCUUAUGUAAUUGAUUAUCUAUAAAUAAUUGUAUGUAAAUAGAGCUGUUAAUAAAUUUCUUGAAGUUUA